CGAGAACGUUCCGAGUCUACUCGGUUCGCCUCAUAUAAGGUCUGGUCCCAGAUUGAAUAUAAUCGAGUAGCCGCCAGUUGGAUUAGCGCUUAGAUACUCACCUGCUGUCAGCAUGAAAGGCACGCUUGCAUUCUGCUGCGGCUUGCUGGCCGUUUGUUUUUUAAAUGGAGUCGUCGCCGUAGAAUACUUCACGGAGAAGCCAUCGUUUUUGCCAUCAUGUCGCAUCUAUGAGCCGGGCUUUACCAAUUGCUCCACGCACAGCGUACAGAAGCUAUUGGAUCAGCUGACCAUUGGCAUACCGGAGAUAGUGGCCAGCAUCGGGACAUACGAUCCCAUGCAUGUGAGGGAUAUUCAUUUCAAACAGGAUAACAACGAAGUGGCCACCAUAAAAGCCAAUCUGACCGAGGUGAUCGUUAAGGGUUUUGGCAGCGCCAAGAUCAAAGAAAGCCGUAUAAACAAAAAGGACUAUAGCUGGAAAACCAAAAUCUUUCUGCCCAAAAUGCGGCUGGAUGCCAAGUAUCAGAUGGCUGGUCGCAUACUUUUAAUACCACUAAGUGGUACAGGCAAUAUGUUCCUAGAGAUGGAGAACCUCGACAUACUGCUGCGCACCAAGACGCUGCUGUACGAAAAGGGUGGCUUCACCUUCAAUAAUGUGACUUCCGUCCGGGUGGAGCUGAAUAUGACCCGUGUGCGCAGCCAUUUCGAUAAUCUGUUCAAUGGACGCAGCAAAGAGGUGGAGCGCAGCACGAAUCAGUUCUUUAACGACAACUGGCGCGAGUCCUACGAGGCGUUGAAGCCGCUUAUUCUCGACACUGUAGAGAACAUAUUCUUUGAUAUAAUGUCAAAGGUGUUCCACCUGAUACCAGCUAAUUUCUUUAUUGAGGAUAUUCCUACGCCGCAGCAGCUCUAUGGCAAAGUGGGUGAUAAAUCAUAAAUGUUAAACAGGCUACCUAUGAGUCAGCUAAAAACAAGUAAGCAUGCUUUAGUCGAGCGUGUCCGACUUGGAAACUCCCUAGCUUCACCUAAUACAUUUGUUUCAUGUAGCUCAAAAACUAUGAAAACUUGUGUAUUUAUUUUCCAAUCGUUAUGAAAUAUUUAACGCUUUAAAGUCGUAUUUAAAUCGAUGCACAAGAAUCGAUAUACAAGAAUCAAGCCUGUACCGUGUAUUCAAACGUUUUUCGAUUUUUUUCCAAUGGGUACAGUGCAUAUAAAAAUAAAAUACUUACAUAUAUUACAUUACGUCAACUAAAAACCAGCUUAGAACAUUUAAGACUCGUAAUACUGAUGUUAAUUCGAGUGCACAUGUGUAUAAUAUAGCUUGUAAUUUGCCAAAGCAUAUAAAUCAUUCAGUAA